UUAAGUCAAGUGGCAACCAAAAACUCGAAAAAAAGAACCCAAAAAAACACAAAAAUAAAAUACAAAACGAAAGAAGAAAUUGAAGUGAACCGUGGGACGUGCGGGGGUAAAGUGCGAAUUGUAACGGUAAUUUGCAGACAUUAGUUGCCACACACACACACACACAUACACAUAGUGAUUAAAUGCUCUAAAAGAGCAAGCAGUGAGGAAGGCAAAGUGUCACUGGGACUAAACAUUACGCAUACGCAGCGUAUGCCCCAGGUUAAAUGUUGAAAUUUAAAACUUUAACGAGCUGCCAAAGCGAUGCUGCUGGUCGUUUCGAAUUCCUCUUUGGAGAUACGAGUGGAUGUACAUUUGUAUGCCAGGCACGCAGUUGAUUUUGUGAUGUGGAUACGGCUCUAUGAUUGUUUUUAUUAGCCUUAUUCCGGCUACACCAGUGUCCAACAAUUGAACCUGAAACCUGAAACCUAAUAGAAAACUGUGAACACUAAACCAUGAGCCAGAUACAAUUGCAACAGCAGCAGCAGCAGCAACAUCGCCGUGGACACCGUCACCAUCGUCGUCGCCAGCCUCCAGAGCCCUGCGAGUGUUUGCGUCCUGUGAUAAGGGUUUUUGGUCUGCUGACUUCAUUCGUUAUCUGCGGUGUGGGCGUCGAUGUCUAUAUGCAUGGCUUCCAAGCGGGACUCUAUAUACUUUUUUCAGCGCUGCUGGUGAUGUUCAUCGAGAUCAAGUGGCUGGUCACGCUAUUCCUGCAGCUUCAGUGCUACGAGGAUAACUAUCAGAGGAGCCCCAGAGGGUCCUGCGGCUGUUUGGGCUGCUGGCGUGUGUCGUCCGCCUUUAGUGGCGGCUGGCGCCCCACGCCCAUUUAUGCGAUUAUUGGCAUCUGCCUGAUACUCUAUCCGCACAAUCUGUGGCUCAGCUAUGUGGCUGGGAUGUUCCUGCUGCUGCUCGGCCUGCUGCGGCUCUGCACACUGCUGCGAUUCAGUCCAGCCAAGGACGAGGGUCUCCUGCCGCAAUGCGACUUUGAAAAGGUGUCCAGUUUUGUGGAUAAUAUGGAGGAUGACUUUGCGGAGGUCAGCGCCUCGCAAACAGUCCUGGAUCAGGAGGACGAGGAAGACGAUGGCGACGAGGAACCCACCAUUGACGAUGAUGUUUGCUAAUAGUUAAGCAGCUCUGAAAUUAUUGCUAAGUUUUCAUUUUUCGAGUUGUCUUGUGAGUAUGGGAAACCAUUAGCAUUAAUGUUAGGCAGGUUUCAAGUUCGCCCAAGAAAUUCAAUGCGACUCAAAAGCGAAAUAUCUUUUUAUACCCGGCAAAGACAAUAUAAUAGUUA